CUAGGGUGGUGUAACAUAACCGUUUCACUGUUUUAUUUUCGAUUUAGUUCAGAUUCCCUGCAAACUGAAAACACCUCGAGUUAAAGUUUAUGGUCGUUUUGAAGAUGAAGCUCGUAACAGCUGUCAUUUUUCUGUCGGCGAUGUACUGGAAAGUGGAUUCCAAAUUUCAGUCCCCGACAGUCCAGGUGUACAGUCAUCUGCCUGGACAGUUCGGGGAGCCGAACACCCUGAUCUGCCACGUGAGCCAGUUCCACCCGCCUGACAUCUCAAUCCAGUUGUUGAAGAACGGAAAGGAACUGACAGACGCCUUUGAGACCGACUUGAGCUUCGAGAAGAACUGGCAAUUCCAUCUGACCAAGCAUAUUCAGUUCACACCUUCCAAGGAUGACAAAUACAUCUGCCGGGUUACUCAUUCGACAGACCCCGCUAAAUUCAUCGACUGGGAUCCCAAUAUGUGAGUAGGGGCCCAUGAAGAUUUGAAAAGUCAAUCAAGCCAGAUUCAUGAAUUUUCCGCUGCAUUCAUCAGUAUCAAAAAAUCUUACAUAAACCGAGGGGCACAAUCGAUUGUAGCUUCAAAUGGCUGAAUGCCACAUACAUCAUUUCCAAUGCUUAAUCACUUUUUUAGGACACUAUUGCACUGAAUGAUGAUGACGAAUGGUAAUCAAGGUUUGGGGUUGUUGUUUUUUUUUUUAAUUGCACUCUAAUCAAAUGAUGUUAAACUGACAGUUUAUAGCUGAAGUGUAAUGGGAAAGGUAUUUCUACAUACUGUAAAAUGCGAUUUGUUCUGUCAAUGUGCUUUGGAAAUCACUUUUUGGAGCGAAUAAAUUUCUCUUUAAAAUG